AAAAGAGCGAGCGAGAGAGCGUGAGGCUUCGUCGCUGAAUGGAGAUGCUACAGAGGUAUAUCUUCGGAGGCAUCGUCGCGUCUCUGUUGGGCUUUCUCCUACUUCUCAUAUCGCGGGAUAAGAAGAAGAAGAAGAACAAUGAGCCUGUCAAUAGCGGAGAUUCGGCGGCGAUUCCGAUGACUGGCUGCGACGGCGGUGGGGCUGAAUGCGCUCAUGCUGAUGAUGAGGUUGAGGCCAUCGUCGUUGGUGCUGGUGUUGCUGGAUCGGCCCUUGCCUACACUCUCGGCAAAGAUGGACGCCGAGUGCAUGUUAUUGAAAGAGAUUUGACAGAACCUGAUAGAAUUGUUGGUGAACUUUUACUACCAGGGGGCUAUCUGAAAUUGGUUGAAUUAGGCCUUGAGGACUGUGUUGAAGAAAUUGAUGCACAGCAUGUUUUUGGUUAUGCUUUUUUCAAGGAUGGUCAAAGUACCAAACUCUCUUAUCCAUUGGAGAAGUAUGGUUCUCAUGUUGCUGGGAGAGGCAUUCAUAAUGGGCGAUUUGUGCAGAGGCUGAGAGAAAAAGCUGCAUCUUUACCUAAUGUUCGGAUGGAGGAGGGAACUGUCACAUCCUUGCUUAAAGAAAAUGGGAUCGUUAAGGGGGUGACAUACAAGAGUAAAGCUGGUUAUGAGCUGAAAGCUUUUGCUCCACUUACUAUUGUAUGCGAUGGUUGCUUUUCAAAUCUACGACGUGCUCUCUGCAAUCCAAAGGUGGAUAUACCGUCUUCUUUCAUUGGCUUGGUUCUCGAGAAUUGCAAACUACCAUUUUCAAAUCAUGGCCAUGUCAUCUUAGCAGAUCCUUCCCCCAUUCUUUUUUAUCCCAUAAGCAGCACGGAAGUUCGUUGUUUGGUCGAUGUGCCCGGACGAAAAGUGCCUUCCAUAGCAAACGGAGAAAUGGCGAAUUAUCUGAAGACUGUGGUAGUACGUCAGAUACCUAGUCAACUUCGUGAUGUCUUCAUUGCGGCUGUCGACAAAGGAAAAAUCAGAACCAUGCCAAAUCGGAGUAUGCCGGCCGAUCCUCAUCCUACACCUGGAGCACUUCUGAUGGGCGACGCAUUCAACAUGCGGCAUCCAUUAACGGGUGGGGGAAUGACUGUGGCAUUGUCAGAUAUCGUGGUGCUACACAAUCUUCUUAAGCCGCUGCAUGAUCUCCAUGAUGCAUCCUCUCUCUGUAAAUAUUUGGAAUCCUUCUAUACCUUGCGUCAGCCGGUUGCUUCAACAAUAAACGCUUUGGCCAAUGCGAUGUACAAGAUUUUUAGCAGUUCACCUGGUCAGGCUAGAAAUGAAAUGCGGCAAGCAUGUUUCGAUUAUCUAAGCCUUGGAGGUACUUGUUCCACUAGAUUUGCGGCUUUACUGUCUGGAUUGAAUCUGCGGCUGAUGAGCCUCGUCACCCACUUCUUUGCUGUCGCUAUAUUUGGGGCUGGCCGCGUCUUGUUUCCAUUUCCUUCGCCGAAAAGAAUGUGGAUUGGAGCUCAGUUGAUUGCCGGUGCAUGCGGGAUCAUCUUCCCCAUCUUAAAAGCAGAAGGGUUCAGACAGAUGUUCUUCCCUGCAACUGUUCCUGCGUAUUACAGAGCUCCUCCUGCAAACUGAUACAAACCCACCAAAUCUACUUCUGUUCAUCUUUCAACUUUCAGACUCAGAAAACUAUUAGUAUUAUUAUUGGAAUUUCUGUAGCAUCCAUGGACUGCCAUGUUCCUGAUAGUUGGAGAACUGUGCUUAGAACUUUUACAUAAGCCAUUUGAACUUGUUGGAGUAAGCAAGUGUAAGAUCAUAUUUAAUUAAGAGGCUUUGAGAAUGUAUAAUUAAUAAAUAAGCUUCCAUAAGUUCAAUUGUAUUUGGGACUUCUUUUUCAUUGGUGGGUAUUAAGAUAUAUUAAUUAGAGUA